AUGUCUCAACUGCCAUCAAGCUUCGAUGGCGCUGAGCGAGAUGUCAACGACAUGCCUUUCUAUGAAAAGAUGAUUUUCCACUGCAAACAGCAACCUCUAGUGCCAUUGGGUACAUUGGCCACCACUGUCGCGGUGAUUUUAGCUGCGCAGAACGUAAGAUCCGGCAACAAGCGCAAGGCACAAAAGUACUUCCGGUGGCGUGUGGGCCUCCAAGGGGCUACUCUGCUGGCUCUAGUUGCGGGAAGCUUCAUUUAUGGCAAAUCCAAGCAAGAUCGUCAGUCGCAAGACGAGCUGCUCAGAGAAAAGGCCAAGCUCAGAGAAAAAUUAUGGAUUCAGGAGCUUGAACGCCGCGACCAGGAGACACAGCAGCGUAAGCUUCGCGCCGAACUAGCGCGGGCCAAGACUUUGGAAUUGGAACAAGAGUCCCAGAAAUUACAAGCGGGAGAGGGCCGUGGUAAAUAA